CAUUGAUGCUUCCCUGCAUCCCUUUUUCUAUUUGCGAUUUAAUGGCCAUAAGGCCCUUCCAUUUCACCUUCUCGCGUGAUAAAUUCUUUUCUCUUCUGCGCGCUCCUUUGCUUUCUUCUUCUUCUCCUCCUCGUUCUUGUUCUUGUCCUGCUUCUUCGUUUCCCUGGCGUUAUAAACCAUCGUUGUCCACUCGAUUGUUUUCCCCUAUUUUUUUGUUCCGUCACUUCGCGGCGUUAGCGGCAACUCCGUUCUCACGCGCUCGCCAGUGUUAUCCGCCACCGCAGCCACACGACGACCCCCUGCGGUCGUUGUCACCAUCCAACACUCUGGCGCAGAAGAUUGGAAAAUCCAUUCGCCGACCGGGCGCUGCCUCGAAGGCGAGGGUUUAUGCCGAUGUCAACGUUGUCCGUCCUAAGGAAUACUGGGACUAUGAGUCACUUACCGUCCAGUGGGGGGAGCAAGAUGAUUACGAGGUUUCGAGGAAGGUGGGAAGGGGGAAAUACAGUGAGGUGUUUGAGGGCGUUCACUGCACGGAUAAUGAAAAGUGCAUCAUUAAGAUUCUGAAGCCAGUGAAGAAGAAGAAGAUCAAGAGGGAGAUCAAAAUAUUGCAGAAUCUUUGUGGAGGGCCCAAUAUUGUAAAGUUGCUUGACAUUGUUAGAGAUCAGCAGUCAAAGACUCCAAGCCUUAUUUUUGAAUAUGUUAACAAUACUGACUUUAAAGUGCUCUAUCCUACACUGUCAGACUAUGACAUACGGUAUUACAUCUAUGAGCUUCUAAAGGCCCUGGAUUAUUGCCAUUCACAAGGAAUCAUGCAUCGAGAUGUAAAGCCACAUAAUGUAAUGAUUGACCAUGAGCAGCGUAAGCUUCGCCUUAUAGAUUGGGGCCUUGCAGAAUUCUAUCAUCCUGGUAAAGAAUAUAAUGUUCGAGUUGCCUCAAGAUAUUUCAAAGGUCCUGAGCUUCUUGUUGAUCUUCAAGACUAUGAUUACUCUUUAGAUUUAUGGAGUCUUGGUUGUAUGUUUGCUGGCAUGAUUUUUCGUAAAGAGCCAUUCUUUUAUGGACAUGAUAAUUACGAUCAACUGGUCAAAAUUGCAAGAGUACUUGGGACAGAUGAAUUGUAUGCAUAUUUGAACAAGUAUCGGAUAGAGUUGGACCCCAAUCUUGCAGUACUUGUUGGAAGGCAUAGUCGGAAGCCAUGGACAAAGUUCAUUAACGUUGAAAAUCAACAUUUGGCUGUUCCUGAGGCUAUUGACUUUGUUGACAAGUUACUGCGAUAUGAUCACCAAGAACGACCCACCGCAAAAGAAGCCAUGAGCCAUCCUUACUUCAAUCCUGUUAGAAAUGCAGAAAGCAGUCGAACUCGUGCUCAUUGAUUUCUGCUUGAUAUGGUACUUGCUGUUGGUCACGGUAUUACUGCCUCUGGAUGACAGGACUUAUAAUUCUGGUGGAACUUGCUUUUUAGGAGAUUCUGCCCAUAUUCUGUUGUAAAAGUCAUUUUGCAUAACUCUUGCCUGUUUUUUUUUUUUACCUGGUCAUAUUCCGGUUUCUCAACAGUUUCAUUGGUUUGUGUGCUUCCUAAUUUCGGAAUUAAUUCUUGGUUCAAUUGAAGUAAUGGCGUCUCUUUUUCUGUGUUUGAACUGAUAA